AUGGAUAUGAUCCAUACUUGUCCUCAGGAUGGUGCCUACUCAGACGUAGUCCAUGCAUUUCAAGGUUCCAUGCGUAAGCUAGAUGAGGUGGAAUCGUGUCCUGGAAAGCCCUGGUUCUCUGCAUCUCAUGUCGCAGCUGCAGUCAGCGAGAAAAGACUGAAAUGGAAGGCAUUCCUAUCUAGGAAGACGCCAGAAGUUUUCAAGUCAUACCGCGAAGCUCGCAGUAACGUGGUUGCAGUAGUGAAAAAAGCUAAAGCCGAUUUGAAGUGCUCUCAGAUUGAGAACGCGGAAGCUCAACACGCUGUUGGGGAUGUCAAGCGCCUCAUCAACGAGUUGAAAUCUGGUCUAGGCCCACACUGA